AGCCCUCAGCAACCGGUCAACAUCCAUGGAUGAGGAACAAAGACGAACCAUCUUCACUCGCUUCCUGUAUCCGUUCCUCUCAAGAGGAAACUCAUCAGAUCCUGGCUGCAUCACUGGCACCCUAGGCAGCAAAGACUGGCUUCAGAAGAACUUUGGCGACUUUGCGGUUUACGCGCCACUGGAAGAUCUACAAAAACUCAAUGGCAAUUUCUCCAGCUUUGAGUCUCUGGAACUGCUGACGCCAUCCCAGGCAGCACAGCUGACUCUGACUUCCGGAGCACUGAAUGACUCCACAAAAAUGGAGGCCAUCUUUGAUCGCCUAGAGGAGGGAGAUGCUCUUCAAAAUGUUGACCAGUUUCUGACAGCACUGAGCGUGGCUCCCGAGAUUCCAGAUAUUGCCCCUCCCGUGAGAGACCUUGCCAUGAACCGCACCUUCAACAUCAUCAGUGUUCAUUUCCCGCAGUUUGAGGUAUCGGCCUGGAUCGCCUGGUUCCACGUGAAACUAAUUCCUGUCCUCCCCAGUUUCACUACAGAGAUGCUCACUCAAACCACUGCACAGACAAACUGCACCAACUACCAAGUCAUUGUGAAAGGAAUGGGCAAGGUCUCCAAGAAAAUGCCCCUCACCAGAAGAAAGGGAAUUGCCAACGUCCUUGUGAAACAUCUGAAGCAGUUCUUGGCCACGUUCAACAAAAGAGGUAACUUGCCCUUGCACACACCAUGCUAGCUUAUUUAACCUGGAUUCUGACCCAAGAUUUCCUGAGCCUUGCGGAAGCUUCCCAUUUCCAAAUCUUUUAUAAAUUCCCGAGAUGUUGGCGCUUACCUCAGGCUUUGACCCAC